UCCCUCCGUUUCAUUUCGGAGCACCAUCUAUGUGCGACAGGGGGGGAAACAUGGCGGCCGCCUUGGUACAAAUGUCAUGUUUGUACCGAGGAAUGAUGGCAGUCAGGGCAACGGGUAUCAGGCCGCUCAUUCCUGGCCUGGUGUCUCAGCAGUUUCGAACCUUUUCAGUGAAAAAAGAACCGGAACCGGAGCUGGAAGAAAAUCCUUAUUUUAGUAAAUAUGAGGAAAAGAUAAGGAGGCUUCGAAGUGCCAAACCCCAGGAGUAUAAAGUUAUAUUGGAGAAACGGACAGAGAUGAAGAGAGAACCAUUGGGACACUCAAGACAAGCCGAGUUCAUAAAACGCAUGGAAGAGAAGGAGGAACAACAGGGCAAACAGCAAGGUAGCGCUGGGGGAUUCUCCAAGGACAAGACUCUUGGAUCCAUUCUCAACCUUGAAAUGGUUAAGGACAUUUCUGGAGAAGAAAUUGGAAAACUCUGGAUGCAGUACUAUUCCACUAAGGACACCAUCAGUGCAGUCAUACCAGGAUCAACCUUUGAAGUGAUAUCCAACAGAGCCAAAUCAUGUCCGAGUUUCCUCUAUGCUCUGCCACAACAAGAAGGCUAUGAGUUCUUCCUGGGUCAGUGGGCUGGCCACGAGCUUCAUUUCACCUCCCUCAUCAAUGUUCAGACUGCAGGCGAGAAUGCUCCAAGUCAGCUGAUCAUCCACCAUUACACAGACCUGCUGGAGGACAAGGGGGUUGUACUCAUGACCGCAGAGAUGGAUACAAAAUUCAUUGGCAUCCACCAAGCCCAGUGCUUGGCCAAUCAGAUCCAGGUAUUUUAUGCUUCCCAGCGGCAAGAGACCUUCCAGUUGGUGGAGACCUUCAAUCACAGACCAGCUGAUUUCAGGCACAUGUCUGUGAUUGCUGAGCUGGAGCAGAGUGGCAUCGGCCUUAAGUCCUAGACUGGAAACGAACAAUUCUUGGACAGUGACAUGAUUAUCACUAUGGGGGAAUGAAGAGUCAAAGAAUGAUGACCUAGUGGGGGACAAUGGAAUACCUUCAGUCUCAUUGAAGAAGGUAUUGCUGAAAAAGUUUGAAAACGUGGCUGGACUUGCUACAAAAAAAAACAGUUCAAAGAUUGUGGGGUUGUUUUCAUCACUACUCCCUUGUAAGUUCUGCUGUAAUUGCCAAUGCAUAUGGUAAUACUGCAAAUGUAAUGUAACUGGUAUAAUAAUGUGUACUGCAAUAUUAAAAUGUAAUAAUUUU